GCGUGUAUGAAGGCAACUCUGUCUGCACUGUGGAAACAAAGCACGUCUUCAAGAAGGGUGUUGCCCUUGACGCUGUUACCGGAUUAUCACGCACAUUUUUAGACAGAUAGUGGGGAGGAGAAUCGAAAGACGUCUUUUGCUCUGUCCAUAUUGACAGUGCAUGCUGUUGAAUGUGACGGAUACAUAUUCAGGGUGGACCACUCGUUGCAUCCGAGUUCACAUCAGCGCCAAGGGAGAGUGGGGAAGAGGGCACAGAGUAGCCUACUAUCACGCUCACAACAUGUGUUGUGACUACGCGUAGAGCCACAGCUAGUAGGAAGGAAGAAAUGCGAGAGGCAGUGAGAGAGGGCCAGUAUGUAAAAAAGUGAGUGUGUGGGAGAUUGAUAGACACUUUCAAAAGAAUCACCUAUGAGAGAUCUCCAUAUGAAAUCAGUGAUCUUUUCGGUUAACGGAGUGACUGCGCCUCUUUGGAUUCGGAGAGCUAUUUGGUGCUCAUAAACGGACAGGGUGUGAGCGCGCCGUAGCUCGUUGUUGCUAUCGACUCGCUCGAUACUUUUCCCAGCAAGUCAUGUCUUACCCAGAGCUAUGGGUAAGUUCGACGACAACGAGAGGAUAAUCCUCAAUGUUGGGGGAACCAGGCACGAAACAUACCGAACCACACUGAGGACUUUGCCAGGUACCCGGCUGGCUCUCCUCGCCUCCGAUUCUGACAUCGAGUCUGUUUUGGACAACCUGCAACAAGUUCCUGGCUUUAUAGAGUACAACGCCCGUAACAACGAAUACUUUUUCGAUCGCCACCCGGGAGUUUUCGCAUAUGUUCUUAACUACUACAGGACCGGGAAACUUCAUUGCCCGGCAGAUGUCUGCGGUCCACUCUUUGAGGAAGAGCUGUCAUUUUGGGGCAUCGAUGAGACGGACGUGGAGCCUUGCUGCUGGAUGACUUAUCGGCAGCACAGAGACGCAGAAGAAGCGCUCGAUGUCUUUGAACUGAACGUGGACACCGGGGAUGAUGAUGAAGAGAUUGGUAAAAGACUAGGUAUCGAAGAUGUAUCUCACAAUCAUGGCAAUGUCAGCUUUUGGAAAAAGUGGCAACCAGUGAUGUGGAAUCUAUUAGAAGAUCCCUACUCUUCCAGGGCAGCAAGGUUUUUUGCUCUCGGCUCCUUGUUUUUCAUCAUGGUCUCCAUCACCACGUUCUGCCUAGAGACGCACGAGGCGUUCAACACCAUCAUCAACAAGACGGAGGCGGUGCGUAACGACAGCCUGCCGGACCUGGGCCCGCAGUUCGAGAUCGAGACGGACCCUGCGCUCCUUUACGUUGAGGGCGUGUGCGUGCUCUGGUUCACCAUCGAGUUCAUGGUGCGCGUGGUCUUCUGCCCGGUCAAGAAGGAGUUUGCCAAGAGCCUGCUGAACAUCAUCGACUUCGUGGCCAUCCUGCCCUUCUACCUGGAGUUGGGCUUGAGCGGGUUGUCGUCCAAGGCGGCCAAGGACGUGCUGGGCUUCUUGCGCGUGGUGCGCUUCGUGCGCAUCCUGCGCAUCUUCAAGCUGACGCGCCACUUUGUGGGGCUGCGCGUGCUGGGCCACACGCUGCGCGCCAGCAUCAACGAGUUCCUCCUCCUCAUCAUCUUCCUCGCCCUCGGCGUGCUCAUCUUUGCCACCAUGAUCUACUACGCCGAGCGCCUCGGCGCCAACCCGGCCGACCCCACGGCCAGCGACCACACCAUGUUCAAGAACAUCCCCAUCGGCUUUUGGUGGGCGGUGGUCACCAUGACAACGCUGGGCUAUGGCGACAUGUACCCGCAGACGUGGUCGGGCAUGCUUGUGGGCGCGCUCUGCGCCCUGGCUGGCGUGCUGACCAUCGCCAUGCCUGUGCCCGUCAUCGUCAACAACUUUGGCAUGUACUACUCGCUGGCCAUGGCCAAGCAGAAGCUGCCCAGGAAGAGGAAGAGGCACAUCCCGCAAGGGGCGCACGUGGGCACGCCCACCUACUGCAAGGCUGAGCUGCAUGCCACCUGCAACAGCACGCAGGGAGACCUCUGUCUGAACAAGGGGCCCAGAAUGCUGGAGCGCAACCGAUCAGUGCUGUCGGCCGACUGCAGCGGAGGAAGUGACAUCACCACGUCCCCGGAGGAGCGCAUGCCCAUGCGACGCUCGAGCGCACGGGAGCAGGACCCGCGCGGCGGCGGCACCUGCUUUUUGCUCGCCGCCAGCGACUACAGCUGCCCUGCCGAUGGAGGCAUCCGCAAGACAGAUAACUGCAAAGACCUUGUCUAUACUGGGUACACGCAAGCAGAGAACAGCGUGCUAUCUUAAAGGGGCAGGGGAAGAGAUACAAACCUGGCACUAAGGUAAAACUGUCCUCAAUUUACUGUAACAGUCUGUUUGAUUUGUGCAAAAAAGACCGCAAAGACCAAUCUAAUCACCUCACAUUUUGACUGAACGCAAUGAAAUGUACAAUGCCACUGCUUUUUGUUUUUCAAUCGCAUGUCAUGCCAUGUCACACUGAAGCUCAAGAUGUGCCACUCCAUCAGACACAUAAGACGCUAUACUUUGAUCCACCAGCACCUGUUAAUAUAUCAGCAAAGGUACAUGCUAAAGGUACACACAGUACAUACUGCAGUCCUAAACGCCACACGCAUCCAUUUCUAUUAUAGCAACGGCAUUAUAAAAAUGCUUAUCAAUAGACAAUAGGCAAUACUGACUUGUAACAAUACAACUUCCUGUUGUCUUGCUUUCUACAUAAACAUAGAUAGACACAGCAAUGAAUUGGUAUGCUAGACAAGUCAAAGAUCCAGCUCUUAAGCCUUCGGGUGUCAUUAGCAGUGACGCAUACAGCAUACAUCCUUCCCUCAUGAGUUGUUGGAUGCGCUCAUACAGGUGUCUCAGAGGGUAUAGCCUUCUCCUCUAGGAGCGGUAAGGUUGCUAAGCAACUGGUGUAUUCAAACUCAUGCAUUCCACCUGACUUUGUUGUGUGUUCUAAUUCUGAGAAAGGAACACUGCAGUGGUUCAUUCAAGCUUGGUGAAUUUUGUGGCCAGGUCACGUUUGCAAUAGAGGACAUGGUUUGUUUACAUUAAAAGAAGAUGUAUCAUUAAACGUAUAUGUGUUAUUAAUGUGUAGAUAUGUGUCAAAUGUAAAUCAUGGAUUACUUGUAGAUACACCUGAGCAUGAAACGGCAUGUCAGUACUUGUACAUUAGAGACAAAUAGGCCUAAAUGCAUUUUGAUAUUUAGAGAUGAGUGCAGUUUAAUUUUUUAUGGAUAUAUAUAUUUUUAUUUGAUUAUGUUAACUGAAGCAAAAAAAAGUGGAAAUGACUUAAGUGGGUGCCUGUUUAUGGAUCCUAUUGCUACUUAGGAAAACCCAUGGAUUCGGACACGUUGCCAUGGUGUUGAAACGCAGGACUGUAAUCCUCCAAUCUUGGGCGAGAACACUGUCUGGGGAUUGGAAGCCAGCAAGUCAAGAGGAAGUGGGGUACUUGUCAUUUAUCGUUCAUAUUUUUUGAGAGAAAAGGGAUCGUCUGGACAGCUUUUUUUUGUUGUUGUUUUUUUUUGGAACUUCAAGUUCCUACUUUCAACGGCUGUUGUCCACAAGGAGCCAAUAAGCCAACUAAGGACAUGCUGUACACACACAUUUACUAACAAAUAUGAGACAGAGACAAAAGACAGAGACAAAAAAGGACACCAUUCACCUAAAGGCCAGAUACCUGAUCCUGUAUACAUACUUAUCAUAACCCUGUACAUACUGCUGAAUCCCCCAAGAGCACAUGGGUACGACCAUGUCCGGUAUGUCUUUUUACUAGCGGGUCAAUUCCAUUUUUGUGCAGUGACCAGACUCACACCUUGCCACCUGUACUAGCCAUGGCUUCUCUCCUUGCAAUAAGUGUACUACAAUGUGUAGGCUUUGAAGCGCUUAUAGGGGUUAUUCAUGAAGGUCACUGGCUGUGUCAGUGAUGGUAGGGGCCCCGCUUUUAGCACAACAGACAGCGUCAUGACUCGCAUAAGACGAUCGCCGUUUGAUUUCUAAAACUCUGUGUCGACAGAAUACAGUGUUCUCUCCACCGUUGUCCAUGUGUUUCAUGUCAACAGAACCAUCGAUUACAAACAUGGACAAUCUGGGAUGGGUUGAUUCACAUGAUAGUGUUGCUGCUAUAUUAUCAGAAAACGAAAUAAAACUUGUGUAGGAGUAAUCGAAAGGCUAUUUUUCAUAACCUUACAGAGGCACACACACACACACACACACACACACACACACACACACACACACACGCAUACAACUUGUUUGAGAUGUAAUUAGUGAAAUAAUUUAUUUAGCUCACUCCAAUGUCUUGGAGUGCCUUCUAUACUUUCAAACCACAAAAUUUGAUUCACAGACUUGUAUCUAUUGCAAAUUAACCCAAAUACACUUAGUCACUUUUUCUUAUAAUAUGUGAAAGCAAAUACAGUGUCCUCAAAUAAUCAACAGAUAGAAUGAUAGAAUUUCCUAUUUAAUGAUUAAAAACAUUUAAGAUGCUGUGACUUUUUGCAAGCCAACAUAGGCAGCGAUGCAUUUCUGAAUCAGCUGGGAUUACUUAUGACUUUCCCAAAUGAUGUGCCUCUACCAUGCAGCUUUAUGAAUAACCCCCAGAGUGUUGAAAACUAAUAGAUUAUUACUAUAUCAAGUUUAAUAGAUCCAUAUACUAAGCAUAGGAAGAAACAUAAUGUGGGAAGUUGAAUAAAUGUGACAUACAGUCAUCAGUGCUCUAA